AUGGCUGUGGCCACUGUGAAGCCGCCAGUGCUGGAAAGCCGCUUCUGCCUGCGUCCCGGCCCGGGAGGCUACUCCCAGGGGCGGCCCCAACCGAGUCACCUGGGCCUGGGUCCUUCAUUGCAACAACGUUCAGAGAUUAAAGUGCACUGGCUCUACCCCAAAUCUGAUGUGGCGAGGACAGCUUUCUCCUGUGAGGCCUGCCAGUUCUCUCCUCAGCCUGCCUGCAUUAACCUGGGGACAAUGUGGGCCUGGGCACUGUGGAUGUUCCUUCUACUCUGCAAAUUCAGCCUGGCAGUUCUCCCAGCUAAGCCUGAGAACAUUUCCUGUGUCUUUUACUAUGAGGAAAAUUUUACCUGCACCUGGAGUCCAGAGAAAGAAGCCAGUUAUACAUGGUACAGAGUGAAGAGAACGUACUCUUAUGGACAUAAAAGUGAUAUUUGCCCAACUGAUAAUUCUACAAGGGGAAAUCAUGCUUCUUGCUCCUUUCUUCCUCCAACAAUAACAAACCCAGAUAAUUACACCAUUCAAGUGGAAGCUCAAAAUCCAGAUGGUAUAAUUAAAUCUGAUAUAACACAUUGGAACUUAGAUGCCAUAAUGAAAAUUGAACCACCUGAGAUUUUCAGUGUGAAAUCAGUUUUGGGCAUCAAACGAAUGCUUCAAAUAACAUGGAUAAGGCCUGUGUUGGCUCCUUUUUCAUCUACUUUAAAAUACACUCUUCGAUUCAGAACAGUAAAUAGUGCCCACUGGAUGGAAGUCAACUUCACCAAAGAAGAUAUCGAUAGAGAUGAGACCUACAAUCUCACAGGGCUGCAGGCUUUUACAGAGUAUGUUGUAGCUCUGCGAUGUGCCCCUGCGGAGUCCAUAUUCUGGAGUGGUUGGAGCCAAGAGAAAGUGGGAACAACUGAGGAAGAAGCUCCCUAUGGCCUGGAUCUGUGGAGAGUCCUGAGACCAGCCAAGGUUGAUGGAAGAAGGCCAGUGCAGUUGAUGUGGAAGAAGGCAAGCGGAGCUCCGGUCCUGGAGAAGGCCCUUGGCUACAACAUAUGGUACUUUCCAGAAAACAACACUAAUCUCACAGAAACAGUGAACACCACUAACCAGACGCAUGAACUGUAUCUGGGAGGCAAGACCCACUGGGUGUAUGUGAUUUCUUAUAAUUCUCUUGGGGAAUCUCCGGUGGCCACCCUGAGGAUUCCAGCUAUUGAUGAAAAGUCAUUUCAGUGCAUUGAGGCCAUGCAGGCCUGCCUCACUCGGGACCAGCUGGUGGUGGAGUGGCAAAGCUCUGCUCCAGAGGUGGACACAUGGAUGGUUGAAUGGUUCCCAGAUUUGGACUCAGAGUCCUCCACUUUUUCCUGGGAAUCUGUGUCUCAGGCCAGGAACUGGACAAUCCAGAAAGAUGAGUUAAAGCCCUUCUGGUGCUAUAACAUCUCUGUGUAUCCAGUGUUGGGAGACCGAGUGGGCAAGUCGUAUUCCAUCCAGGCUUAUGUCCGAGAAGGCAUUCCAUCAGUGGGUCCUGUAACUGAGGCAGACAACAUUGGUGUGAAGACAGUCACAGUCACAUGGAAGGAGAUUCCCAAGAGUCAGAGAAAUGGUUUCAUCAGCAACUACACCAUAUUUUACCAAGCUGAAGAUGGAAAGGAGUUCUCCAAGACAGUCAACUCCAACAUCCUGCAGUAUGGCCUGGAGUCCCUGACACGAAAGACCUCUUAUACUCUUCAAGUCAUGGCCAGCACCAGGGCUGGGGGAACCAACGGCACCAAGAUAAACUUCAAGACAUUAUCAGUUAGUGUCCUUGAGAUUUUAUUUAUAACUUCUUUGGUUGGAGGUGGUCUUCUCAUUCUCAUCAUGCUGACAGUGGCAUAUGGUCUCAAAAAACCCAACAAAUUGAAGCACUUAUGUUGGCCUGAUGUCCCCAACCCUGCUGAAAGCAGCAUAGCUACAUGGCGUGGAGAUGAUUUCAAGGAUAAGCUAAAUCUGAAGGAGUUUGAUGACCCUGUGAACAUGGAAGAAGACAGGGUUCUAAAACCGUACUCGGCCCCCAGUGACUUUAUUGACAAGUUGGUGGUGAACUUUGAGAAUUUUUUGGAAGAGGUUUCCCCAGAGGAACCUGGAAAGGGUCAGGAAAACAUUUUGAGAGAGGAAAAGAAUGAGUAUAUGACUUCUCCAUAUUGGCCUUAUCGUCCUCCCAUUUCAACCGAGAUUCCACGGAGAAAAUCCCAACAGCUGUGCUCUAGAAUAUUAGAAGGGACAUGCUCAGAAACCAAAGAGCAACCUCUCUCUUCUGUUCCCAGUUUAGGGCCAGAGCAUCUCUGUGAGGAAGGAGAACCAAAUCCAUACUUGAAAAAUUCAGUGACAACCAGAGAAUUUGUCACAUCUGAAAAACCUCAAGACGAAGCCAAAAGAGAAGUUUAGUUGUUGCUGUGGCUCAAAUCCCUCUGGGUCUCAGUUUGGGUGACUCCUGCAGAGAGCAUAUAUCAUGACUUGGCCAGAAGAGCUUCCUUGGCUGUCUCCCCACCCUUGCUUGUGUUAGAGAAACUCUCACACACCCCUGAGUGGCUUGUUGAGCUUGGUUGGCACAAACGUGUAACUUGCCUGAGAAGAAGGGAUGGUCAUAUGUCUGAGCAUGUUGCCCAGGAAAAGCAGUUUAUGUAUUUAUUUUUUUUCAAUUUCACACUGAAGCCUCUGACAUUGACUUUAAGGGACAGUGGGGCCCUUAAGGUGGAUAUGUCUGGCCUUCUAGGAAUUAAGUCAUUGUCACAGCUUUUGGUGAAGCUACUCCUCAGAGUUCUGGCAGACUCCCCACUGCUAGAGGACAGGGGUCUGGUAGGAGGUGAGAGUCUUUCCCUAUACCUUGAUCUCCCUUGGGGUCUGGGCUCUACCUCCAAGGCUGCACUGAAAUCUCACUUUCGUGAUUUUGUUUUUCCCUCCGUAUAGAGGCAGGGGAAGUGGAGAGGCCUUCCUGAUGGUGUGCCUGCCUGAGGCUUCUCCUUACCUCAUAAAUCUCAAGUGUCCUCAGCUGUACCUCCACCCAGGAUUUUUGCCCCUAGUUCACAGCACACUGGCUGCUGGUAAAUCAAGGAAUGUGGGGAGGUCUCAGCAGGGCACUGGGGAGUGGACUCUAGGCUGGGCCAGAAGGUCCACCCCAGUCUUCACAUUGCCCAGCCCUGGAAACAAUUCCCAGAGGCCUUUGCUGCCGCUUUAUCUUGCACCCAAGCCUGGGAGCAGGAAAGCACCAAACACUGCCCUGCUUUUAGCCAGGGACUCUGGCCCCUCACGCAGCCUCAGAGCCUGGGAAUGCUUCCUGAGUGAGCCAUCUGCCCACUCCCGCUGAGGGAUCUUCUCAAAUUCUGUAGGGGUGAAGCGGAGGGGGAGGGGAGUGCCUGGAAUGAGUUCCCCCAGUCUUAUCUGUUUUACACCUGGAUGAGGCUUUCGAACCUAAAACCCAAGAAUGAGAUGUCUGAGGAGAGAGGACGGGUCCCAGAUGGCUCCUCUGAGUGGGUCUCAGAGGUGAAGCCAUUCCCCCCUGCUCCUCCUCCCUUAAUCAUUCAUUAAAGCCUGAGGUGUCUUCUGGUGGACAGUUGGCAAAUGCCACACUCCUGGCCCUCCUCUGCUUCGUCCCUUCCUCCCUCCUUGCCUCCUGUCUUUGGCCUUCCCGCCUCUACCAGCAGCUUCUCAUCUUUUUAAUACUCCCUUUUUUUUAGUUUAAUUUUAUUUAAAUUCAAUGUUUUCUUCUUUCUUUUCUCUUCAUUUCUUCUUCCUUUCCCACUAGCCUCCUUUUCUCAUUUUUCAACUGACUUUUCUGCCUUGAGGGCUAAGGAAACUGGGGCUCUGUGUUGUGUCCUAGGUGGCCCGAGGUAGGUCCUAGGAGUCAGUGUUUCCUGCCAGUAAGGAGAGCAGGACCCCUGAAGCUCCUUCAGCGGGCCACACACUGCUCUCUCCAGAGCACAUUGACAGGACACAGGCCUGAAAGCGACGAGGCCACGGUGGCCUUUCUUUCCUGAGAUUGAGUCUCAAACCGUUCCCACUCACAGCAUCCUGGGCUGCCUCUGUGGUCUGAAAAAGCCAUCUACAUUUUCUCUGUUAUGUCGAACAGACAGAACACAAACAGGAAAACUUGUGUUUUGGUAAGUUCAUUAAAAACUGACAACAUCCCCAGUGAAGUUUUCUGGGGCUCUGGGAAUCAUGUAAGCAGCUUUGUCGGUGCCUUAUUAAUGGCCCUUCUAAUAAUACCAGAAAAUUUUAGAAUGGCCGAAAAGCCAAUCUGUGUCUGGAAAAAAAAAAGUGAUACUCUUGUGGUUUCUCAGGAGGCAGCAGUAAACC